AUGGCUGUAACAGAGUUUUUGCUUUUCAUAUUAACAGCUACUCUAGGAGGAAUGUUUUUAUGUGGUGCUAAUGAUUUAACAACUAUCUUCGUAUCUUUAGAAUGUUUAAGUCUAUGUUCUUAUCUAUUAUCUGGAUAUACCAAAAGAGAUGUACGGUCUAAUGAGGCUAUUAUGAAAUAUUUACUUAUGGGUGGAACAAGUUCUUCCAUUCUUGCUUAUGGUCUUUCUUGGCUAUAUGGUCUAUCUGGAGGAGAGAUUGAACUUCAAGAAAUAGCCAAUGGUCUUAUAAAUACACAAAUGUAUAACUCUCCAGGAAUUUGGAUUGCACUUCUAUCUAUAACGACAUGUGGAAAAAAGACUGUUAUUCCCACUUGGGCUAAGACAUCACUUUUACCAAAAAUUCAGUUGAAUUCAAUUAAGGUAAAGCAAAAGAAAGGAGGGGGAAUUCCUCUUUUCGACUCUAACUCCCCCACUCCAGUCGUUGCUUUUAUUUCUGUUAUUUCAAAAGUAGCUGCUUCAGCUUUAGCCACUAGAAUUUUUGAUAUUAUUUUUUAUUUCUCAUUGAACGAAUGGCAUCUUCUUUUGGAAAUAUUAGCUAUUCUUAGCAUGAUAUUAGGAAAUUUAAUUGCUAUUACUCAAACAAGCAUAAAACGUAUGCUUGCAUAUUCAUCGAUAGGUCAAAUUGGAUAUAUCCUUAUUGGAAUAAUUGAUAGAGACUCAAAUAAUGGAUAUGCAAGUAUGAUAACUUAUAUGCUGCUCUAUAUUUUUAUGAAUUUAGGAACUUUUGCUUGUAUUGUAUUAUUCAGUCUACGUACAGGAACAGAUAACAUUCAGGAUUACGCAGGAUUAUAUAUGAAAGACCCUUUUUCAGCUUUGUCUUUAUCUUUAUGUCUGCUAUCUCUAGGAGGUAUUCCUCCAUUAGCAGGUUUUUUUGGAAAACUUUAUCUAUUUUGGUGUGGAUGGCAAGCAGGUUCCUAUUUAUUAGUUUCGAUAGGGCUCUUUAUGAGUGUUAUUUCAAUAUAUUAUUAUCUGAAAAUAAUUAAGUUAUUAAUGACUGAAAGAAACAAAGAAAUAACUCCCUACGUGCAAAAUUAUAGAUUAUCUUCUUCAAUCUCAAAAAAUUCUAUCGAAUUUAGUAUGAUUGUAUGUGUAAUGGCAUCUACUUUACUGGGAAUAGUAAUGAAUCCAAUUGUUGCAAUUGCCCAGGAUACAUUAUUUUAGAAAUUUAUUUCUAUAAAUCUUCUACUUACUGAAAAAAGUAAGAAUUGC